AUGAAAACUGAUAUAAAGAAAGUUUCACGAAGAACAAAGAAAGUUGAGAAGGAUUUGGAUCAAAUUUUUGAUUCAAAGAUUGAUGUUCCACCACCCACAAUUGACCCGACGGAUUUAUCCUAUCUCUUAAACUUCCAUAGUGAUUAA